CGCACUGCCGGUGACGUCACCCGGAAGUGAGCGGCGUCGCGGUGCGCGUGAGUUGUUUACAUUUUCCGCGGACCGUUAAAAAUGAAUCCUUCGAUGAUCAACUCCACCAUCUGCGUCUCCACGACCAAAAGGAAGAGGGAGGCCGAGCGCUCGGUGAACUGGACCCUGGAGGAGACCCAGGUGCUGCUGUGCGCCUGGAGCGACGAGCGCAUCCAGAAGAGCCUGGCGGAGAACCUGCGCAACCGGCACGUCUUCAAGCACCUCUCGGCCCGCAUGAGCGAGAUGGGUUUCUCUCGGAGUCCGCACCAGUGCCGGCUCCGGGUCAAGACCCUGAAGGCCAACUACGCCAGGGCCAAGCUGCAGAGGAGCGUCGACGGCUCGCAGCCUUGCACUUUCCAAUAUUUCGUGGAGAUGGACGCGGUUUUGGGCCGGAGGUCCGCGGGAGGAGGCGGAGGAGGGCCCUAUUUAGCCUCUCCGGAAGGGAUGGCGGCGCACCGCCUCGACUCCGCCGACAGGACAGGAAGUGUCCCGGCGGACCUGGUCGCUGGCGCGGAGGUCAGCGAACACCGCUUUGGUUUUCUGGGGAGGGCUGGAAGACAGUGUUUGAGGUCUUUGGAAGAGAGAGGAGGACAUCAGCCGUGGCCGCUGGACUCUGGAGUCAAGCUGGAGGACGGAGAAGACUCAACAGACGAGUACGAGUUCAGCAACUCGGGAUUCCCUCCGAGACACCGUGACAUUUAUCUGGAAUCCUCCACCCAUCGUGAAAUGACUGUGGAGAGAAGCUCCAGCUCUCUUUCCUUCCCGAUUCCAGCCGCUCCUCUACCUCCAGCUCGAUCUCCCCAAUCGCCCUCCUCUCCUUACCCGGCGCCCUCGGAUCCAGACGCCGACCCCCUCCCCACCUGUGGCCCCCAUCACCCAGAGCCCCCCUGCCUCAAGCACCUGUCGCAGGGCUUCCAGCGGCUGGCGUCGGAGACGCGCGGCUUGCUGUCGCAGCUGCAGAGCCAGCGGCAGGAUCAGGCCCGGGGGCGCCAGGACCUCCUGGCCCAGUGGCUGCAGAGGGAGGAGCGGCGGCAGAGGGAGGCGGCCGAGCGGGAGGAGAGGAGGGAGAAGGCCCGCAUGGAGCACGAGAUCAGGGUGCUGGAGCUCCUCACCGGGCUGGCCGGAGAGCGGGGGUGUAAAUGCGGGGGCGCCGCAGAGGGGCCGGCGGGUACGAAAGGAGGCAGCUAGGAGGCCCAGACUCUACGGCUCCUUGUCUCUGACAGAACCAAAGUAUCCAAGCUCAGGUGGAACCAAAUCACAGCAGCGGAUUACGCCUUAAUCCUCAGUGAUACUUUAAUCAAAAAAACCAAUUCAGGAAAGGACUCAAAAGCCCAAAAAUCUGUCGAAGGUCGACUAAAAUCUGAGCAGAAAUCCGUUGAUGUGUGAAGGAUAUUUUUCCUCCCGUUGCACUAAAUACGCUGUUUCCUGAACUCUUAUUGAAAUACAAAAACAGAUACUUUACCAGUUUUUGUUACCACUGGGAUUCGUUGGCUGUGAAAAGUCCUCAUCGGGCCGCUCGUUGCCCGCGGCGACACGCGGAGUGAGGAGGUCACCGGCGGCUCGGAGGCGUUCCGUUGGAACAGCGAUCAUCAGACCCGAGCGUCACGAGAGGUCCAUCGGUGAGAGACGAAGACGUUGUCUGUGUGGAGGAGGUGUGGACCGCUCCUGUCCCACGAGGAGCACCGUGACCUCUGACCUGGCCUCUGCAGCGGGGGAACGAAUGCGAAGCGUCUUCAGUCUGUUGUUCGUCCCCCGUGGGGACAUGGGACUAGAUAUGAGGCUUGCGUAAGAGACCUUUAGCACAGAUCUGAUGUCUUCAGUCACGCAGCAUGUGAAGGAGGGAGGGGGGGGGGGACACUGUGUGCCCUCUAUGACUGGUCUGAUCUGUUGUGUGUUUGUAUGUUGACCUGCAGUGCUCUUUUUUUUUAUGGGGGGGGGGCUGUUGUUCUGUUAGACCUCCAGGCUGUUGCCUGGACGCUCACUCAAUAGACAAACUGGACGUGUGUCCAUUAGAUGGAGGCGGGGCUUCUGAAGAUGCUUAUUGACACAGGUCACAUGACCACACCCAGCUUUCUUAUUGUCAACAAAUCCCAUUAAAAGACUAAAACCAACAACAUGCUGUACGGGCUGUAUCCCUGAGCCGGGUCCAUCUUCAUCGUCUUCAUCUGUGCUCCAUGGUUGUCCAAAGAAAUGAUUAAAAACAACACUGGGUAACAAGUUCUUGCAUUAACACCAACGUAAAUAAACAAUCUAGUUAUUUAUGACCGAACUGCUGCUCCAUCUUCGCACAGGAAAACAGCCGGAGGAUUAAUCCGCCGGUAAAAAUAGGCCCAAACAACACCUGUUUGUUGAGAGAAAAGCUGAUCAGCUGUUUAAGGAAAUCAAUCAUAAUUU